CAUUCUUCAUUCCUUUCCACGAUUUCCACCCCAUGACUGGAUUUACAGAUGGCACAGUGUAUCAUCCCUAUGGAAGAUGGAGAUUAAGUAUUUCUGCUGUUCCUAAACAUUUGUUGGGUAUAAAGGAAGCUUCUUCCAAAGUAGUCAAACGUACUCCUCUGAAACAACUGUUUUCAGUCAACACACAACAGAAGAAACGUGAUGGCAUACAAGCUAAAAUUUCUAGUGUUCAUUCUAUGUCCAACAAUCACCAAAACCUACCAUCACCUCUGGGUAAUGGAGCAAAGAGACACAAACCAUUAAAAAAAACUGUUGGUACCGAGAAUACAACACCUAACCAACAUAACAAAAAAUUGAAACUUAUAAGCCACCAAGCACCUAGUCGUGUUUCUAAAAGCAAUACUCCAUUUCAAUCGGUUGCUUUACCAACCCUACAACAUCCAGAAACAGAAAUCAUUGGUGGCAUUGAUCUGAUGGAGACUGAUGAGCCUUUUAAUUUGCCAAUUGAGACUCUAACCACAGUAGAAGAAGACACUGCUAGUUGUGAAACUACUACUGCAUUUCAAUCGGCUGCUUCACCGCCUCAUCAAGAAGAUGAAUCACAACUCAAUGGUGACAAUGAUCAUACAGAAACGGGUGAGAAAUUCAAUGUGAAAAAGUCAAAGAAAAAGAAACAGCAAAUACAACGGAUAAAACUUAAAGUUUGAUAUUUAUUUCAUUUCAUGAAAAAAGGAAAAAUAUUUAUAAAUCAUCAACUAUUUGCAUUAUGGUAUAAUUUGUAGUAUAAUUUAAGUGUAACUUUACAUUUGAGAUUUGUUGCUUUACAGACAGCAUGUUGUAAUCUUAUUUUACGGACUCGCGGGGAAAUUUCAGUUUAGUUCUUGGAAAAAUCCGCAAGGUGUCACCCUUUUUAAGGGAGACGGCU